GGUGGGCAGGAGCGGAGCUGGGGAUGGGGGCUGAGGGGCACUGCCCGCUGCCGGGGACCGGGCAGUGCGAGCGUCUCUAAGGUGAUAGUUUUCUUGCGAUGUCAUUCUUCCUACGCGGGUCGUUUUUUAAAAAAAGGAUGGGGUUGAACGAUGUCAAUACGUUGAGCUGAGAUGUUUUGUAGAAAGUUCCUGCCUCUUUUGCCUGGUGGAUGUAUUUUUGAGAGGACUAAAACGCCACGCGUUUAUCUGGUCCUUGUUUUUCAUAUUUGAAGCCGGUUUCACAAGACGGCUUAACGGGACUGGAGGCACGGGGCACAUUUAUUGGGUUUUGGGAGGUUUGUCUCUGUGCUGUGCCUUCUGCGGGGAGCAGGCAAGGAGCCUCUCCACCCUUCAAAACAACCUCCUUUAAUUCUGAUCCAUCCCCUCAGUAUUAGCGCUACCAUCUCCGCGCUCCUCUGGAAUUGACACUAAUUUCAUCCAGAUUCGUCACUGCUGGAAGCAGAUUUAUAUUGGAAUAGCAAAAACAGAAGAGCCGUGCCAAGAAAAAAAAAAAUAAAAUGGAGCACAUGUUACUGCUAUUCAUAUUUUUCAUACCUAUAUUGGGUCUCAGUAAUGGCACAGAAACUGAACAAGAUUUUACUUGGCACUUAAAGAAGAUUCCCCAGAUUGUGAGAGAAAGAACUUUCUCCCUUGACAGCCCUAAAUUUGAAGCAAAAACCAAAUUAGAGCUGAACAGUGUGUGUGGAAUUGAAUGUCAAAGAAAACUACCAGUGCCAAGCUUGUCUGACUUGAAGAACCUCUUAUCCUAUGAGACUGUUUUUGAAAAUGGCACACGGACCCUGACUGAAGUGAAUGUCCUCGGGGCAGUGCUUGACCCAGCCGCAAACACAACCACACGAAGGCCCUCGAGAAAGAAGAGGCAGAUAUAUGGAACAGACAGCAGGUUCAGCAUCUAUGACAAGAGGUUCAUGACCAACUUUCCCUUCAACACAGCUGUGAAGAUCUCCACGGGCUGCAGUGGCAUUCUGGUUUCCCCCAAGCACGUGCUAACAGCAGCCCACUGUCUGCACAAUGGCAAGGAUUAUGUUAAGGGCAGCAAAAGACUGAGGGUGGGACUGAUGAAGACGAAAUCCAGAGGCAACGGCAGGAAACGCAAAGGUGCUAAAAGGAGUAGGAGAGAAAUUUCUGCGGCCAAAGAGGAUCCCAAAGCUGCCACAGAAUUAAGGCGACAAGCCAAAGGGGAUGAGAGAAAGCAGAGGAGAUCUGGGAGGAAGCAAGGAACCUCAGAUGGCAUGCCCUCCUUCCAGUGGACCCGGGUGAAGAGUACGCACAUCCCAAAAGGCUGGUUUAAGGGUGUCUCUGGGGAUAUUGCCCUAGAUUAUGAUUAUGCUGUUCUUGAGCUCAAGCGUCCCCACAAAAGGAAGUACAUGGAGCUGGGAAUCAGCCCAACAAUCAAAAUGAUGCCUGGGAGCAUGAUCCACUUCUCAGGUUUUGACAAUGAUCGGUCUGGGCAGCUGGUCUAUAGAUUUUGUAGCAUUUCUGAUGAGUCCAAUGAUCUCUUUUAUCAGUACUGUGAUGCUGAGCCUGGCUCCACAGGAUCUGGCAUCUAUCUCCGUCUGAAGGAGCCAAACAAAAAGAAGUGGAAGCGCAAGAUCAUCGCUGUUUACUCAGGCCAUCAGUGGGUGGACAUCAAUGGCGAACAGCAGGAUUACAAUGUAGCAGUACGAAUUACUCCUCUCAAAUAUGCCCAGAUUUGCUUCUGGAUACAUGGGAAUGAUGAGAAUUGCACACAAGGCUGAAGAGAGCCCAGCCUCACCUGCUUAGCACCCUCACUGCCAUAGAGUGGACAGUGCACCAGUGCCUGGAAGAACAUCGUUCCACACCAGAACGUUUCUGAACUCAAAGCUUGCAAGUAGUGCUGCGGUGACUUAAGGAAUGCUGAAUUGCUAGGGGAGGGGUAGAAUUGUCAGACAAAAUAUUUCUAAUUGUAAUCAACCUAGAUACGCACUUAAAAUCCCAAACUAUAUUUAUGUUUGCAAUUGUGAUAAAUUCAAGUCAUUCAUGAGGAGAAAAAUGGCUGCACCUGUUAGUCAUUUUUUUCCCCAGGGAAAAGGUUGAAACAUCUCAAACUGGUGUUGUUAAACAGUAUCUAUUUUUUUUUCCAAUGGAUUUACUUUUCUCAGGGUUCUGUUCCAAUUCUUCAAAUGCAAGUUGUGCGUAUAGCAUGUUACUGUAUGUGCAGAAUGAUCCAGAGAAUUGCAUGAGAACAAGACAUUAUUCUGGCAUUCUCUAAAGACCACAGGUCCAUGAGAAGCAGCACUACAGUUAAUGAUUGUUAGUUUGGAAAACUUCCUCUUCUGGUUGCUGCAGGAACACUCCCAUGGAAAUUCCAAAUUUAUGUAGCUAAGGGUUACACCUUACAGACAAAUUCACUUCAUGGCUCAGUAAAAACAGCAGAAAAGAAAUUAAAAAACAUAAGUUUCCAUGUUUGGAAGAAGAAGACACACCUGGACAUAGUUUAAUGCCUUUAAAGGUUCUUUGAGAAGCUGUAGAAAUCUUAAACAUUUGCAUUUGCUUUCCAAUUAGUAUUUGGAGAGCUGUAGGUUUAGUUUCUAGUCAAAUGUUUAGCUUUACCAUUGGGAGAAGUCUCUGACUUCUGAAGUGGCUACUUGACAAUCAUUUGGAGCUUCACAGAUGAUAUAUUUUUUUGGGUGCUAAACAUUUCUUCAGUUUUUAUAAAUCACUUUUAUACGAGUUCAGCUUCAUAGAUAGGAUAGUAUGUAUUAGACUGGGAGUUGAAAAUCAGUGUUUUAGUUUGGCUUUAUACAGUUUUGCAAAGUGUGUGGUUUUAAUCGUGUUAUAUUCAGUCCGCCUCAACAUGAUUCACAAGGUUAACUAAACAUUUCUCCCAACUAAAUUAUAGCACCUUCUGAAUGGUAGAACUAUCCUGUGCAUUAUAAAAGGUAUCUUGUUAGAUAGCAGCAGUAGUUAGCAAAUAAUUUGGUUCAAUAUGUUUGCAGAACCAUGUAUUUAAUGAAGACACAAACUGAGCUUGACUUUUACACACCUUUAAACACAAACCACCUUCUUAAAAAACUGUUGUUGAUUGCUAUAUAAAUGUAUAUCUUUUAUUUUAUGUCAAGAUUUUGAAAUACACAAUUGUUAUGGUGCUACAUUAAUAUAAUAACAUAAAAAGAUACUGUGCCUUUCUGAUCAUAUCCUUUGGGUUUCAGUACUUUCAGAGUAUUCACUACUGUAAAAUUUAAUUUUUUUUACUUUAAAUUUAUGCUGACCAAAAUACAUUUUCUUCCUGUGCAGGAGGAAAAAAUACAACAAGAUUUAAAAAUAUUAUUUCAUUGUUAGAAUCUUUAAAACAUGCUUGUAAUAUCUUUUGAUGAAAUAAGAUGAUUUUAAAUAACCCUUUUUUUGGUAGAUGGUUGAAAGUAUAUAACCUGACACACUGAAUGUGCAGGCAACUUUGUCCUAUUAUUGCCAAAGCAUAAAAAUUUAAGACUUGCUUCCAUAUCAUAACCCUAACAAGAUUUCAUUCAUUGGAAGAGAUCUCAUUUUAAAGGAAACAACUACUUUAUGUCAACCUUUCCAGGGAACACUCAACUUCCCUUUCUUUAUUAUGUUUUAAUUUUAUUUUGUAUGAUUGUUUGCAGAAAACUAAUGAUAAUUUUUUAAAUUUAGAAAUAAAUCUCUAAGAUUUUAGGGUUAAUUAUUUUUUAUUGUUUCUAACAUCUCUAUUAACAAAUGUGGCUUUGCUGUCAGUAAUUUUGAAUCACCUCAGUCCAGUAUUUAAUACUCUGGCUCUAUGCAACAGAUUUAUAGUAUUCUUUAGUCAGGUCUGUAAUGUUUUUAUCAAGUGCCUUUUUCCAUAGUUACUGUGACAAAUAACAUUCCACAUCAUUAAUCUAGUACAAGACAACCGAGGUCCAUGGAUGUUUUUACAAUUAUUGUCAUUGUUGAUUUGGGUCCAAAACUGAUCAAGAUAAGGGGGCUUAGUAAAUUCCUUGUUUUGUUGAGCCUUAUUUAGGUGUGCUCCUCAGGAGAAUAAAUAAAAUCUAUUUCUUUAUCACUUUGGGAAUUGGUAGCAAGGCAAGAAUGAAAAAUGUUUGAUGUCAGCUUCCAAAUGGUCGUGUUAUAAUAAUCAUCUGUUGUAAAUAUCUCAACUGCAACCUGAGGUUCCCGUACCAGAUUGAUAAAAACUCUUUUUUUUCAAUGAAUAAAUACUAGAUGCUCAGUGCUUCAUUUUGUGCUACUAAGAGAUUAAAGAGUUUGGCUUGGCCAGAGCAACAUAAAAAUUAAUUUAAAACAAACAAAUGAACAAACGUGUGUGUCUCAGUGGCCAUGCACAAAGACAUGCAAUUAUACAUGCUUGGGGAACAGGUAUUGUUUUGAUUUGAGUUUUGGUGUUGUCAGCAUCUUCAGGUCAGGGGAUGCAGGUAGAAGAAGGCACAGACAAAGUGUUUUUCCUCUUGCCUCAGUACGCUAGGCAACAUUUUGGCCUUCCUCUUGGCCUAAUAGAGAAAUAAAUGCAUUAUGUAGGUAUUGGGACUGCCUACUACAGUGACUACUGGAAUAGUUCAUAAAUCAAGUACUUACACACAAUCCCAGGAACUCAAUGCUCUGCACAGAGCUCUUUGAACCCACCACUGUAAAUGGAACAAGAAUUUCUGAGCCAUCUCAGAUUUUCUUUAAAAACCUGCAAUUACUCUCUACUUACCAAUGAGAAAAUAUGAGGAGGAAAACAUUAUCUCAGUAGAACAAAUCUUGCUGUUGUCUAGGACACCAGCAACAUGGCUGGGUUUCCAGCCCUUGUGACGUACACCAUUUGUUUUCAUCAGAAUAAUUCUUUUCCAUAAGAGUUGGUAUAGUAGAUCUUUUUAUUUAACUGUAUUCCUGGCUUUAGGAAGAAACAACCCCAGUCAAAUCUCUUUUCUCCUAGAGGGCUACUGGAAUUUGUAAAGUCAACAAGUAGAUUUUUUUUAGGGUCAAAAUGCAAGCCAUUAACACACCCAGACCAGCUUCUGCAAGGUAUUUGUGCAUGUGUUUAAACUGAGGCUCUAAAACACACGGUGGAAGUCAAGGGGGUUGUCUGCAAGGUGAAAAAUUAGAUCUAAGUUUGUACUAACAAAAGCAAAGCACAACAUUAUGUAGGGAAAUAUGAGGUGUAGAGUACCCAAUGCUUAAAUGAUUGCUUAAAGAAACUCCUUGACUCAUUAGGAUAUACCAUCUUAAUUUUGCAGAUUUAUGUGUCUAUAUGGAAUAUGAAUCAGCAUGAAUAUGGCUUAAAUUAAAAAAAAAAAAACAAAACUUGCCCACGUGUGGAGGAGAGAAGCAGCUGGGGAAUUCUUUCUAUUCUGCUGAUAAGGGAUGACCUGGCAGCAAACAGAAAAUAAAACAGAAAGAAAGAACAAGUAGAUGAUAUGGAAGACCAGGAAGAUGGAUGUGCUAUGCAAGGGAUAAAGGAAAUGUGCAAAGUAGCAGAUGAAAAUGGCUGCAAGGUAGCAGAGGCAACUAUUGUGAGAAAGAGUAGGCAGAUGGUAGACAAUAGUACAAAUUAAAAUGUGACAUUCACAAGUUUAAUACACAAUUUUUCACUGUUAAAGAUAAGGCUUUUCUUCCCAGCGAACAGAAACAAGGAAAGGGCUGUGAGAGGACUCAGGUUGUGGCAGGGACCAGUAGCAGGCAGGGUGUUGACCCUGAUCUACAAACCAUGCCUGAAUUCGCAGGGGUUAUGCUUCUGUUCAUUCAGGGUCCUUGGAAAGCACCAGAUCCAUGUUCUGACCAAAAGGCUUGGCAGUAGGAACCUCCCAGUACACUGGAUCACCAAGAGUGUAGUGAGUAAGGGGAGUUCCUCAAACCUGACCUUUUGUUGGGAUUCCUGUAAAGACUAUUCUCCACUGGAAAAAAAAAAAUCAAACAAAAAAAAUCUCAGAUUUAAGGCGUUUAAAUGUUGGCUCCAUUUUUGCAUGUAUCUAUAAAUUCUAGGCAAUAAAUUUUUUCAAGUGUCUUCUGUUUGUGUUUUGCAUCUGUAAGAAUUUAAUCAACUGUUUCUGAUUUUAAAGCACAGAUUAUUGCAGAUGGUUCCAUCUACAAAUUCCUGGAUUAAAGAAUGACUGGGGGGAAGAAGAGAAUGUUAUUAAAUUGAAAGCUUCAAAUUUCACUCUAAUCUCAAAGGAUUUGGAAGUAUAUCUGGGUCCCCUUUCACCAGCCUUUUGCUCCAAAUGUCAGAGCAUUUAGGUUAAAAAUCUCCAGAAGUAGCUUUGAGGAUUCUUUCAUGUUCUUAGCUUUUUAAAGACCAACAGAGAACAGUAUAAUAUUUUUAACUGUGCAAAAUGACAAGCCAUUUGAUAAAAUAAAUGCAAACCUUUGCUCUGAUAUUAUAUGAUGCACUUAUUAAUAAAUGUUUUCUGUUGUUUU